UAUAGGUUAUAAAGGACCGUGUCGGUACUAUCCGGCUGCACUCUCUUAGUGAAACUCUUAGAGGACCGUUCUUGGACGACAACCACCACUAGCGCAAAAAAGUUCACCAUGAGGAUUAUACUGCUGGUGAUCCCGGCGUGUCUUCUCGUAUUGGCGGAAGCGCGACGCGUGCAGGUACGUCCUCGGGUAACGGAACCCCAGGUUUACUACGAGGAUGAGGAUAAUCAAGCGGCAGAGGAUGACUAUUCAGCACCGGUAGCGUAUCAGCCUCGAACCCGGGCUCUCCCGUCUCCACGUUCCAAGAACACCAUACAGUCCUCCAAGGCACCACCCGUGCAGACCAUCCGCAACUACAACAAGGUCAAUGACGACGGGUCUUUCACUUUCGGCUACGAGGCCGCCGAUGGGUCCUUCAAGGAGGAAACGAGGGGAACCGACUGCGUGGUCCGUGGGAAAUACGGAUACGUCGAUCCGGACGGUAACAAGCGCGAGUUCACUUACGUCUCGGGAAAUCCGUGCGAUCCCAACGCGCCAAAGGAGGAGGACGACGACCCACCGCAGAAGCAGGAACAGGACGAAGUCUCUGGACCAGCGAAUUACCCAUCCGUGCGUCCCGUGCCGAGACCAAUCCGGCCGAAUUACCCGCAGACUACGACCAGGGCACCGACCACCAUCUUCCAGACCCAGUACGAGCUGGACGACGAUCAGAGCCAGGAACUGGAGGAAGCUAAGCCCACGCCAAGUUCAGCGUCUUUCAGAAGACCUCAGCAGCCUAUUUACGUUCAAGUAACCGGUUCCCCAUCUUCAGCCUUGUACCAACCAGCGCCGACCUCGACUCCCCUCUACAGACCCUCUACGACCGCAACGCCUCAAUACCAACCCCCUACGACCCCUGCCACGGCUUAUCGUACUCGCCAACCCACCCCUGCGACUUAUCAACCCCGUGAUAGCAGCACUCGUGCCCCAGCUCAGCAACGACCUCAAUCCGUGGCUAUUACCCCCAGACCUCACGCUGCCCAGAUAGCUGCUCAAUAUGCGUCCCCCAGCAAUACCGAGAGACCUGGAGUCAUUUUUGCUACCCGACCUUCAGCAUCGACCUCAGCACGCACCACGACCCCAAGCACACCCCACCUAGACUUUGCUGCUGAACUCGAACGUUACGUGAACACUGUCGGCGUGACCUCGCGACCUUCGCCCAACUCGGUACCCAGCAAGCUCAAGGCUAGCCCAUCUGCAGACCCCAUCUAUCAAUCGGAGCUCGUGUUCGAUCGCGCGACUGGUCAGUACAACACUCAACUCUACCAGACGUUACCCCAGACGGUAGGCGACUUCAGCCUGAGUCACAAGCUCCAACCGUACGUGGCCCAGCCACAGUCGUUGCUGAGUCUUCAGCAACUGCAGCAGCAACAGUCCCAGCACUAUAGGCAACCAGCCUCGGCGCAGUCCGCGCCUUCGGCUGCGGUAGCCUCUCAGCCCCAGGAAGCUAUAUACCGUCAGCAACAGGCAGAUCUCCUGCAGCAAUCGCAGCAUCUUUUCGCCCAGCAGCAACGCCGCCAGCAACAGCCACAAAGGUUUCAGCUGUUAGAGUCUCAGCGCGACGCUCAGCCCUUCUAUUACGUAUCGCCGUCCCAAUCGACGGCAGGAGAAGCUGCGCCACUUUCCGUUGGCCAGAUCGAUCAGUUCCUUCGUGGACACGCUGGUAACUUCUAAUUUUGAAAAUCCCUAGGUUAACUUAUUUCCUCCUUUUUUAUCCCAUUACCGCGAUACUGUUCAUUUGCACACGAUACGAAAAUUAUAUAACGAUGCACAUCGAGACAAUCGAGAGUGAAAAACGUAUGCAUAUCACGUACCGGUACGUGCGUGGAAUUAUUUUUCGAAAAUUUUUUAUUUUACUUCCAGUAAUCCAAUUUAUGUUUAAUUUUUUAUCUCACACCUACGUCUCGCGCGAUAUGCGCCAAUCGAUCUUUUCAAGUCCCCAUUUUCUUAUCUAUCGACAAACCCUUCCGGCGUUAUAUGGUAAUCCAAAUACACGUAUAAAUUUUCCUUUUAAUUUCGUUACGCUACUUCGUCACGGCUAUCGACUCGCUCUCACCAUUUCUUCCUGAACUCACGCCUUAAGGAACCACCGGUGAAAGCCUACCUGACGCAAUAAGCCACGCACGCAAGAUGUCGUUCUGGAGUAAUUUCGUAUUCUGACGUAAUACACCCACGGCGCGUCACGAAUUACCAAAAGUAGAGCAGGGCGUAUCUGCUUGUAAAUUCUUCAUGCUUUAGCCCACUUUUGCGAAACGUAAUCAUUUUUUUAAAUUCGCGAAUGCAUUUACGCAAAGGUCAUUCGCUUCCUUGUCCUACGCUACCACUGUCGAUUCGAAUCGCGAUCUAGUGCCUUGUUACGUAAUUCGACCUGGGGACUCAGUAUGCUUGGGAAUAACCAAGUUAACGUGCUUAUGGUCUGACUGGCUUGUACUUUCAUUGGCGUGGUCUGGCUCGUAGGACGACAUUCUACUGGCUCUACGUUGCGCAGGACUUUCCACGUGCAUUCCGUGUGUGGCAUACGAGUCCCUUGCCAGAUUAAUGCACGGACGUUCAAUGCAAUUUGAAAACAAUAGACAUCACGCGAAUGAUUUAGGAAUUCUCGAAUUAUCAUAACGCCGGAAGACAAAGGGUCUGGGACUGUUUAUCGAGAAAAAAAAAAAAAAAUUUUUUUGUCCGUCCUUCAUUAAUAUUUAUUACAGUCGCCCAUUAUUUCUGCCCCCUUUCUUUUUCAAUUACGAGAGCAACCCUAUCCUUACGUAAAUUCGUAAUGGCGUAGACAGUCGUUAUUGAAAGCUAUGGGUACGUCGUUGAAAACCCUAAUUGUACAUAUUGCUCGUGUAUUAGCAUUAAUUUCUAGCUAUAAUUUAGAUCUUAUUAUUAACAAUUAUAACUGAUAAUCCAUGCAACGGGCGUUAUAGUUAUUAUUUUUAUACCGUUUGUAUUGUUCGUGAAUAAAAGUGUUAUGAUGAUAAUGACGUCA